GCCCAAAUCUAAACCCCAAGGAGGUUAUGUUUGGUUCAGAGCUCGCAUGUGAACACUUAUUGCUGCUCUACUACUAUUCUAUACUUUGUUAUCGUUGCUUGCAAUACUUAUAAGAUUUCCUUAAAUACCAUAUCACGUUCAUUAUCCCACGUUCCUUCUUCCAUAACAGCAGUCGAGCAGCAACCGCUACCAACGGAUUAACCCUCUCCAUCCCAAUACCCAGCCGUCCCAAUUCCACAAAGCCUCCAACAACAAUAAAGCCAGGGGAAAAUGUUCUUCAAGACCGUCCCCCUCCUCUUGCUGCUCGUUUCCCCAUUCCUUCCUUCUUCUCUUGCAGACCCGACCGAAGUUGACUGCCCUGACACCGACCUGGCGACCUACCUCAUCUCCCUUAUCAAUGUCCUGUACUACAACGGCCUUACCAUCUCCGAAGAGCUUAUCGUUCAUCUCUCCGAAACUGACGAGGGUUACGAGUUGCUGGAGGAUCUUUACAUGAACGCAGAUAUCUGGACAUUUUUGGCUCCUACAGACGAAGCAUGGCAGACAGCGAACAUUUGGCCACCAUUCUCUUCAAUGACAGACCACUGGGGUGCGGAUCUCCUGGCGCUACACUCACUUCAAGGCGAAUACUCACCAUCGUCCGUGCCAUCUCAAGGUGCAGAAGUGGCGUCUACUUACCUCGAAAUGAAAGAUGAGAUGAAUGCGACGAGUUCAAAUAGUCAGGCGUAUCAAGCGGUGGUAUUGUACCAAGGAGAUAACGGAGGCCUGGUAGUAGAUGGCUGGUGGGGAAAUGCCACGAGUUGGAAUGGAUUCGUCGACACGAGUAGCAGCUUGGGUCUGGGGAAUCUGGAAAUUCUUCCCAUCGAUUAUGUUCUUGCCUUUCCUCCUAGCCUCUCCGAAGCUUUUGCUACUUCAGGUUUAUCCAACAUGUCAUCAGCCAUUGAGGUCAUAGGCAUGACAGAUGAGCUUCAGCAACUUACUGAUAAUGGAUUCACCAUCUUUGCACCUAUCGACUCUAUCUGGAGCGAUGAAGCCAAGAGUAUGAUGACGAAUGAUAGUACUGCAGUGCCGUUAGUUAAGAACCACUAUACAACUAGUUACUCGUUAUUUUCGCCUAUGUGGGCUUCAUCUGGGUCUUUUGAUCUCCAAGUUGAGUCUGGAGAGGUCCUUACAAUCAAGGUUGACGAUGAUGGAGGCUAUUCGGUCGUCCUUGGAGAUGUGGAAGCAAAGAUCAUCAAGUCAGAUAUUACCCUUGAGAACGGAAUCAUGCACGUAAUUGAUGCAGUUCUCCUCUCACCAGAUAGCAUCAUGUCCAGUGCUGGUGUGACAUCCUCUGACGGGGUAGUGGCUGUCCAAACGGGUUUAUCUUCGGGAUCCAGUUCUUCAAGCGCCUCAGGUUCUCUCGGUUUGUCUAGUGCUGAAGGUAUCGACUCAACAGGUUGGGCAAGCACGACGACAGGGACGAAUACGAGCAAGCAGGUGGUUAGCGAACAGCAGAACAGCAGAGCCGGGAGAAGAACAGCGGUUGGUGUGCCACUGUUCAUGGGUUUGAUGUUUGUGCGCGAACUUGCUUUAUUAUCACAGCUGUAAUUUUGUUAGACUCAGUACCCUUUUGUAUGUAUACCCGUUCCGUUUCCACAUCAGAUCACCGCAAAUGCGAUAAUAUAC